AACCAAACCCAAACCCCUCCAGGCUGAGACGAUCUCAGGCCGGGGGGGAUGGGCAGGGAGUCCGGACACCUGGUUCUAUUCCCGGCUCUGUGGGAACAAGGCUUCUUCCAUCCUGAGACAGUCCCUGGGAGUGUUGCUACCCGACUGGGUAUUGAAGGGCACAGGAAGGGACUAAACCAGCCGGGCUCCAGCAGCUGAUGCUGGGAGGGGAAAGGAGGGAGGCAGGCGCUGCUGGGGGGGAAAGGAAGAGGAAUCAGAGCCCAGGCGGAUCCUGAUGUGGGUUAGUGCUAAAGCCUGAUGGAAGAUGCUGCUGCCUCUGUUGUGACCUGGGAGCCCGGGCUGAGCAGCUGCUGCGUGGGGUCUGUGCGGGGGGAGACUUGCAUUAAACCCCCUCUGUGCCCAGCCCUGAUGUGGGAACUUUCUCCGGUGCUUGGAACCAGCCCUGGGCUCUGCCGACACCAGCGCCGGAGCCAGAGCCUGUAGGAUUUCUCCUUCCCAAAUCUGACGUGAUCGUCUGGUUCAAAAGAGGGGAAGAACUGUGGGUCCCAGAUCUCCAGGGCUCUGCAGAGAGGGAGAUGUCGAGAGGUACCUGCGCAGGUGGGGAACCAGUGAAAUGGAUGUAGGGAACCAUCAGCUGAGAUUCGCUCAAAAACCUCUGCAGGGAAGGACUCAUGUCUGGAUUCUCUAUCCCGGCACGUGAUGGGACGUUGAGUGAGAACCAGGGGAGAAAUCCUCAGCAGGAUUGUCCUGAACAAGUGGAACCCCAUGGGACAUUAUCCGGAAGAGCUGAAGGGCAUGUCUCCCAGGACCCCGAGCGGGGAGAAGGCUGUGGGAUUCAGCACAGGCUAAAGAGGCAGCAGGGAAAUCAUCCAUCAGAGAAAGGUGGCAAAUCCAACAAUGGUGUGGGAGGUUGCAAGGUCCUCAAGGAAACCCCAGCCCAGCCGAGAAACCCCGAGGGGGAGAGAAGACACACGUGUACGGAGUGCGGGAAGAGCUUCAAACGGAGCUCCAACCUUAUCACCCAUUGGCGGAUCCACACUGGGGAGAGGCCCUACAAAUGCUUUGACUGCGGGGAAAGCUUCAACGUGAGCUCCAACCUCAUCACGCACCGGAGACUCCACACGGGGGAGAAACCUUAUACGUGCUCCGACUGCGGGAAAAACUUCAUCGUGAGCUCACAGCUCACUAUACACCAGAGGAUCCACACAGGAGAGCGACCCUAUCAGUGUCCUGAGUGCGGGAAAAGCUACAUCCAGAGCUCAGCCCUGGUUAAGCAUCGGAGAACACACAUGGCAGAAAAACCCUACAAGUGCCCUGAAUGCGCAAAAAGCUUCACUGUGAGCACCGCCCUCAUUAGGCACCAGAGACUGCACACGGGCGAGCGAUCCUAUACAUGCCCCGAGUGCGGGAAAAGCUUCAGUGUAAACUCAGACCUUAUCCGACACCAGAGACUACACACAGGAGAGAGGCCUUAUAAAUGCCUGGACUGUGGGAGAAGCUACACACAAAGCUCAGCUCUGAUUAGGCAUCAGAGAAUCCAUACAGGAGAAAAGCCUUAUAAAUGCCCCAGUUGCGGCAAGAGCUUCAGCCAAAGGUCAAAUCUCAUUAAACAUCAGAGAAUCCACACGGGAGAAAAACCGUAUAGAUGCGGCGAAUGUGAAAAAUGUUUUAGCACCAGCUCAAAUCUCGUAACGCAUCAGAGACUCCACACUAGAUCUGAUCUCACAGGCCCUGGGGACCUGCUGCCUUGUGAAUGUGCCUGCAGCAGGCAUCUGAGCUGCCUUAACCGAAACGAAGCCUCUGCCCUCAGGUCCUGUCAGGAUUUGCCCCAGGGGCUAGAGCAGGAGGAAGAGGGGUCGGUAACCUUUGAGGAGCUGGUUGUGUAUUUCACGGAGGAGAAGUGGGCUGUGCUAGACCCCCAUCAGAGAGCUCUCUACAGGGACAUCAUGCAGGAGAACUAUGAGAACAUGACUGUAUUGGCAGGUGAUGGGACGCAGAGUGAGAACAAAGUGGGGAAUCUGCCUCAGGAAGGUCCUGAGCAAGUGCAACGGCACAGAGCAUUAUCAGAGAACAUGUCCCACAGUCCUGAGCAAGGAGACGCCUGUGAGAGUCAGCACAGGGCAGAGAUGCAGCAGGGAACCCACCCAGGGAACAGUCAGGAUAAAUCCACUCACCAGGGGGGCAGUUUGAAAGACCUUAAUAAAGACUUGAUGCAGCCGAGAAUCUGCCCCAAAGAUAAACUGUAUCAGUGUGCUGAGUGUGACAGAAGCUUCAAUCGGAGUUCAAACCUUCUUGUCCAUCAGAGAGUCCACACAGGAGAGAAACCCUAUAACUGCCCCAAGUGUGGGAAAAGCUUCAGUGACGGCUCAGCCCUGACUAAACAUCAGAGGAUCCACACCGGAGAGACACCCUAUGUCUGCUCUGCCUGUGGAGAAAGCUUCAAUCAGAGAUCAAACCUUACUGUACAUCAGAGAGUCCACACGGGAGAGAGACCCUAUAGCUGCCCUGACUGCGGGAAACGGUUCACUCACUUCUCAAACCUUGUUAAACACCAGACAAUCCACGCGGGAGAAAAACCCCAUAAGUGCCCCAACUGUGGGAAACAUUUCAGGUGGAGCUCACAACUUAUUAAACACCUUGAUUCACACCAGAGAGCCCACAAGGGAGAAGAACCCUAUCGCUGCUCUGACUGUGGGAAACGCUUCAGUUAUAGCUCACACCUUAAUAGACAUCAAAUUAUCCAUACCGGAGAAAGACCCUAUAAAUGCCCCGACUGUGGGAAAAGCUUCAAGCUGAGCUCCAUCCUUCUUGUACAUCAGAGAAUCCACACGGGGGAGAGACCCUAUCACUGCCUUGAAUGCGGGAAAAGCUUCUGUGACAGCUCAGGCCUUAUUAGACAUCGGCGAAUCCAUACUGGGGAAACACCCUUUCAAUGUUCUGUCUGUGGGAAAAGUUUCACUCGGAAAUCGCAUCUUAUUUCACACCAGAGAACCCACACGGGAGAGACACCCUAUAAAUGUUCUGUCUGUGGGAAAAGCUACAAGGUGAAGGUCUCUCUAAUGUCCCACCAGAAACUCCACACAGGAUAGCAUGUGGCAGGAGCUCUCCCUGUGAGGCAACGGGUCUCUGCCCUUCCAAAGCAAAGUAUAAAUAUGCUGCAUUUGCAGAUGGUCUGGGUAGGGGCAGCUGGUGGGCGGAUGGUUUGGGUUUCGGUGGGGAGUGGUUGGUGGAGGCCAGAGGAGGAGAGAACACUGGGUACGGUGGGAGAUGGGUCAUUUCAGAGUCUGGGGAGAGCAGGCAAUGGGAUUAGUGGGGAGACAUUUCUGCAGGUUCCCCAUACACUUUCCAAUGUAGAGAAAAAGUAAAAAUGCUGCAUUGCACUUUGCGUCUGAGUUGUCUCUGUAGCUCCUAAGCCCUCUUUGGGAAGGGGGAUUUAUUUAGGGAAGCAGCGAGGGGCCCUGUGGGGCCAUAGUGAUAAAGCAGAUUGCUGCCAAUCUGCAGUGACAGGAUAUCAGAGCAAUUCACCGUUUAUUGGAAUCCUCUGCAGACAGGGUGGGGGAAAUUUGGGAAUUCAUGGUGGAGAUUCCCCAGCGAGGUGGGGUUUUGCAAUGUUCCUACGAGGGCAGUAUUGUGUAAUAGGGAGAGCAGGGGGCAUUGGGACACAGGACCCCGGCUCUGAGAGGGGAGUGAGGUCUAAUGGGUUAGAGCAGGGAAGACUGGGAGCCCUGACUCCUGGGUUCAAUAACCAACUCUGCUAGUGUCUCCUGGUGUGAUCUUGUACCAGCCACGUCCCCUCCUCUCUGUGCAUCUAUUGUUUCAUCCCUACAAUGCACAUACUAGCAGUCACUCACCACCCCAUGGAGCUAUGAGAUUGUCACUAGUUACUGUGUAUUCAGUGGCUCAGGAGGAAAGAGGCACCAUGGGAGGAAAGUUGCAUUAUUACAAUGCGUUGUAUUAUUAUGUGACAUUCUCCUGUUCCUUGCCGGGUCUCUGUCAGGGGGAGUGUGUUACAGAGCUGAAGGGAAGGGUUUUAGCUAGGUUCCCUUGUCCUUGUUCUCAGGCACAGGCUGUUACACACUCAGAUUAUUCCUGAAACAACUGCCCUGGGUGGGAGUUUCUCCUUGUUUCAGGAUGGUCUGGGAGGGGAGAGGGUCUCAUGUUUCAGGGCUUUCAGGUUAACCUCAAUGAAAACUCAGUGACGUUUUUACCUCAAGGGGUUUUUGAUUUUCCAAAUAAAUUCCUGGUUAAAUGUU